UCCAAGACUUCCUUCAGAAGAGUUGCCUGCAUCUCUUCUUGAGGGUUUAAAAAGCACAGCCUGGGUGACAGGGACCUUCAGGCAUCCGUCGUUGGUUACCACAGAACCCAGGAGGAGCCAUGGCAUGGACUCUAUAGAUAACAGCAGCUCUGAAAUCAACUAUGAUUACUAUGGAACCAUAGAUCCUAACAUACCUGCGGAUGGCAUUUUCCACCCGAAGCGGCAACCUGGGGAUGUUGCAGCCCUUAUCAUCUACUCGGCGGUGUUCCUGGUGGGAGUACCCGGGAAUGCCCUGGUGGUGUGGGUGACAGCCUUCGAGGCCAGACGGGCCGUCAACGCCAUCUGGUUUCUGAAUCUGGCGGUGGCCGACCUCCUCUCGUGCUUGGCACUGCCUGUCCUGUUCACGACCGUUUUAAAUCAUAACUACUGGCACUUUGAUGCCAACACCUGUAUAGUCCUGCCCUCGCUCAUCCUGCUCAACAUGUACGCCAGUAUCCUGCUGCUGGCUACCAUUAGUGCCGACCGUUUCCUGCUGGUGUUCAAGCCCAUCUGGUGUCAGAAGGUCCGCGGGACUGGCCUGGCAUGGAUGGCCUGUGGAGUGGCCUGGUUCUUAGCAUUGCUCCUCACCAUUCCAUCCUUCGUGUACCGGGAGGCAUAUAAGGACUCCUACUCAGAGCACACUGUAUGUGGUGUUAACUAUGGUGGGGGUAGCUUCCCCAAAGAGAAGGCUGUGGCCAUCCUGCGGCUGAUGGUGGGUUUCGUGUUGCCUCUGCUCACUCUUAACAUCUGCUACACCUUCCUCCUGCUCCGGACCUGGAGUCGCAAGGCCACGCGCUCCACCAAGACGCUCAAAGUGGUGAUGGCUGUGGUCACCUGUUUCUUUAUCUUCUGGUUGCCCUAUCAGGUGACCGGGGUGAUGAUAGCGUGGCUGCCCCCGUCCUCGCCCACCUUUAAGAGGGUGGAGAAGCUGAACUCUCUGUGCGUGUCCCUGGCCUACGUCAACUGCUGUGUUAACCCUAUCAUCUACGUCAUGGCUGGCCAAGGUUUCCAUGGACGACUCCUAAGGUCUCUCCCCAGCAUCAUACGAAACGCUCUCUCUGAGGAUUCAGUGGGCAGGGAUAGCAAGAGUUUCACUCCGUCCACGAUGGACACCUCAACCCGGAGGAGUCAGGCGGUGUAGAGGAGAAGCCACAACUGGCCUAGCUGUUCCUUUUCCAGCCCUCCUACCCCCUCCUCUUCUUCCUCCUCCUGCCUCUCCUCCUUCCUUCCUUCUCUUUGCAUGUUUAAUUUUCUGCGAUUCUCUAAGUUGCUCUGACUAGCCUUGAGCCCAGGCCUCAUGAAUGCUAAGAUUAUAAAUAUAAAUUCCUUUGAUGAGAAGCAUCACAUUAAGAUAGUACUCGGCUUUUUUUCUAAGGCUUUUUUUUUUCUUGGCUACAUUGCCCACCUGCAGUGGCUAGGCAGAUACACCUAAUGAUGACCUUCAGGGGGUGGGUGGAUAACAGAGAACAAGAGAAUUUCCCGGCCUUCUUCUUCCUCUCUUCCUCUUCUUUUUCCCUCCUCCUCCUCCUCCUCCUCCCCUUUUUUUAUGGUUCUGGUCUGAACCCAGGUCUCAGUGGAACCCAGGGCUUAUGGAUAUAUCACAUAAGUAAGCUACAGCCCCCAACUCCAGGCAACCAGUAGCCACCCACCCUUUAUUUCUUUUCUGUGUUUGAUUUUUUUUUUUUUUUUUUUUUUGGUCUCAUGUAGGCUAGUCUGGCCUUGAACUCCAGAUCCUCCUGUGACCAUCCCCCAAGUGUCGUGACUGUAGACCUGUGCUGUUGUGUCCGACCUAUCCUUUAUUUCUACAAUUUUGUGUUUUCAAGAAUGGUAUUUCAUGGAACCCAACAUAUCCAAGCUUUGUAAAAACAACUAUGCAUGGCUUACUCGAUAAAUUGUUUUUUAAAAAAAGGUACAGAAAUGUGUUGUUUAAUUUUUUAAAAGCAUGUAUUUAUUUAUUUUGUGGGGGGUGAGGGGGUGGUGCUGGGCAAAUGCCAUGGUAUAUGUGUGGAGGUCAGAGGACAACCUGUUGAAAUUGGUUCUCUCAUUGCAACCAUGAGUGAAGGUCCUUGGAAUCGAACCCAGGUCAUCGGACUUGGCAGCAAACACCUUUACCUGGUGAGUCACAUCACUGGCCAGAGGUGUCCUGUCUCAUAAUGUGUUCUUUCAGCUUAAUGAAUGUGUGUGCAUGCGUGUAUGUGUUGGCUAGAAAAUACGUACAGGUCAACACCGGAAGUAUCAUGCAAGCAUGAGAAUGGUUUUGAAUUUCCUGGGCAAAUUAAAAAUGUGAAAGAAGACCUGGGUGUGGUGGCGCAAACCUAUAUCCCAACACGUGGGAGGUUCAGGGGCCAGAAUUGAGCUUUAGAACCCAGCCUGGCUUACCCAGGGGGACUGUCUCAUGAGAUCCAAAUAAACAAUAUAUGACGG